GCUUAACAGAGCGGUUUCACAAUUCCCACACCGAAAACCGACCCUGCUAUUCACGUAGCACGCGCUCAACGGUUCCGAGGGAAAACAAUUGGGCAGUUGCUCUAUUACUGAAGCUGUGGGGAUUGUUAUGGGAUGUUAGGUGACCAAAAUAAUAUUAAGGUGCAGUGUAAUACAUAUCCUUAGGUGAAGAAAAGUUAAUCUUUAUGGUAUGGAUGCAUUAAGUUAGGGAAAAUUGAAUGUGAUAUUCUUCUAGAGGACAGCAAAUGAUAAUCUGCAGUCACAACUGGUAAUGCCACGAAUGAAGGAAAGGCAGAUCUUAGCUGAAUGCUGCUCUCUAUUGUAACAAGAUGCAGAUUUGCAGGGAUAUCAAGCCCCAUAAGGUGGAGACAGACCACAUAUUCAUAUGGCACAACAGCACCCUUUAGGACCUUAUCUUCUGUUUGUAGAAGAACAAACAAGAUAAAUCAUAAAUCUUUCAAGAUUAUGAAGAAUCCUGUACUCCAGUCAAGAAGGGCAAUUCAGACAACAAGACCUCGGAAUGUCAAUCCUUUGCUCAUGGCUGUACUUCGGCCAAUUAGUAAGGUUGCAGCAGUGCUGGUUGGCAGAGGUUUCAGAAAAUGGUGGCAGUCACUACCUAAGCUGAAAAGGGAACUGUUUAUACAGCAUUUACGCCGUAAUAUAAGGAUUUAUGUUUUUGGGUCUCUCCUAUUGGGUAGUGCAGGAUAUAGCUACUAUGAAAACCACAUCACCACCACACCUUUCACAGGAAGAAAAAGGUUCAUGGUCUUCACUCCAAACCAGCUGUUUACUAUCUCACAAGAAAUGUAUCAUGAGGAAAUGGCUCAGUUUGCAAACCAGAAGAUGCCUGCUGAUCAUCCAAUGGUUACACGAGUUAGCAGAGUAGGUAACCGGUUACUACAAGCCAACAACAAUAUUCCUCAGCUCUAUACAAAACUGUGGACUGUUACAGUUAUUGAUGAUCCUACAAAGAAUUGUUUAGUUUUGCCUAGUGGUGAUAUUAUUAUGUUCCGGGGAAUGAUGGACUUCUUUGAGAAUGAUGACCAGUUAGCUACAAUUCUUGCACAUGAGAUGAGUCACGCUAUACUUGAACAUGCUGCUGAACAGCUAAGUCAUGGGUAUCUUCUUGACAUCCUAAUUCUGUUGCCUUUGGCCAUCAUUUGGGCCUUUUUACCAAGUGAUGGCAUUGCUGCUGUCACUCACUGGUUUCUUCUUAGAGUUGUUGAAGUGCUUCUGAAGUUGCCUUACUCAAGAAAAAUAGAAGAUGAAGCAGAUUCAGUUGGGUUGCAGUUAGCUGCAAAGGCUUGCUAUGAUGUUAGAGAAGCAAGUGCAUUUUGGGGUAAAUUAUGUUUACAAGAAAAAAUACGAAAUCAGGCAGGCAUGGAAACAGACUCUGUCCCAGCAUUUUUGUCAACACACCCAUCAAACAGCAGUCGACAAGAGAGGAUAGACGAGCAAAUGGCAGAUGCUUUAAAAUUGCGUGAAUUUUGUCAGUGCCCAAAGCUUGCUGACAAGGAUCCAAGACUUGAGAUAAGAAAGUUACUGGAAUAUAUGGAGACAGACUCUCAUGUGAUUGCUUCAUAGCAUUAUAUAUCAUGUGAUUGCAGCUACAACACUCAGGCAUGGAAUCUUAUCUCGUCCUGGUUGAAAAGAGAUCAAAUUCCUAGAAUUCUAAAUGUAAAAUAGUUGACCGAAAAAAUGUUUUACUACCCAAAUAAAAUAUUUGAUUAAUUAA